UGGCUGCUGAGAGAGAGCUUUCAGGCCCCCUCUCUCUGCUGUGUGUUGAAGGACUUCUUGUGCCUCCCUCAAAUAGCAGACGGCUCCUCUUUCUCUUCUUUCUGCUCCGCGCUGAUUGGUUGGCCGGGCUGCCUGGUGGUAACCAGCCAAUUGCUCGAGGACUGCAAACAAAAAAAACAAAAAAAGAAAACCCAGCAGGCAAUGUCAAACAGAACCUCUUACUUGCCCUAAAAAACAACCCAAAAAAUAGAUAAAAUCCUUUGAAACUAAAUGCAAACAUGGCAUCGCAUAACAAGCCGGUGAGAACAACUUAGUACUCUGUUGUCUGUGGUGCAUUUAAAGGCACCAGCUACAUAAAGGUCUGCUGUAUUAAAAUACAUACCACACAUUGUAUAGGGUUCUUGUUUUAAAAGCAAUUAGAUAGAUAGAUAGAUAGAUAGAUAGAUAGAUAGAUAGAUAGAUAGAUAGAGUGCAUUAUAAAAAGUCUACGCCCCCGUUCUAUUGACAGGUUUUUGUGUUGUAAACUCAUUAGACCAAGCUAAAUCAUUUCAAAACCUUUUUCCACCAGUAAUGUGACCUAUAAUCUGUACAAUUCAAAUGAAAAAAGAAAGAGGAAGUUAAGAUCAUGUGGUUGCGCAAGUGUACACACCCUCUUAAAACUGGGGAUGUGACUGUGUUCAGAAUUAACCAAUCACAUGCCAAACUCAUGUUAAAUGGGAGUCAGCACACAGCUGCCACCAUUUAAAGUGCCUCAGAUUAACCCCAAAUAAAGUUCAGAUGUUCUAGUAGUUCUUUCCUGACAUUUUUGAAGUAAUAUCUUACAGUACAAGCAAUGAAUGAUCUGCAAAGAGCUUCCACAGCAUCAGAGGGAUCUCGUUGUUCAAAGGUAUCAAUCUAGAGAAGUGUACAAAAGAAUUUCCAAGGCAUGAAAUAUACCAUGGAACACAGUGAAGAGAGUCAGAAUCAUAUGGAGAAAAUAGAGCACAACAGUGACAUUACCCAGAAUUGGACAUCCCUUCAAAAUUGGUGAAAAGAUGAGAAGAAAAUUUGUCCGGGAGGCUGCCAAGAGGCCGACGGCAACAUUGAAGGAACUGCUGGAGUUUCUGGCAAGUAUCGGCUGCUCAUUACUAAAUGAACACCAUAUACCUCGAGUGAAACAUGGUGGCUGCAUCAUCAUGCCUCGGGGACAUUUUUCUUCAGCUGGAGCUGGGGCCUUAGACAAGGUGGAGGGAAUUAUGAACAGUUCCAAAUACCAGUCAGUGUUAGCGCAAAACAUUCAGGCUUCUGCAAAAAAAAAAAAAAAAAAAAGUCAGGAAAAGCUAAGUCGAAAAGCUCAACUUUAUGAAUCGGAUUAAUCAAAGGCACUUGAAAUGGUGCCAAUGUGUGUGUGCUGACUCCCAUUUAAGAUGAGUUUGAAUGCAGUUAUUUUUACUUCCCCUCUUAAAAAUAUAUAUAUUUUUCCAAUUGAGUUGUACAGGAAAUAGGUCACAUUAUUGUUGAAAAAAGUUUUCAAAUGAAUUUUCUUGAUCAAAUUUUGUAUAUCACAGAACCUGCCAUUUGAACAGGGGUGUGUUGACUUUUUAUCUACUGUAAAUAGAUAGUAUUACAGUAAAAUGAUUUAUACUCAGACCAGAUUUGAAGUGAUACAUAUACUUUUUGAAUUCAUCAAGAAGGGAAAUUCACUUUCAAUUUACUUAAAUUCAUUAAUACAUCAAAAGGCUGCAGCUCAAAUCUGUCUUUAUUAAAAAGGCAUUUAAAUAGUUGUUGUGCUACCAGAUCGUUUAUUUACAUUUCGCUGGCGAUUGUCAUGAGGUUUGGCAGGCAGUGUCAAACGAAAUGCUUUUUUUUUUUUUGCCAUAAAAAACUACCCAAAAUAAGUAAAAUCAUGUUAAACGUAAACAUGGCGUCAGAUGACGUUCGCGAUGGGAAAGACACUACAGUAUUUGUUUAUUGCGAUGCAUUUAUUAAAGGCAUCAGCUACCAGCUUACAUCUGUCUUGUAAUUAAAAUAUAUACUCACAUUUAAAGCAUUUUCUUAGUUUAAAAACAAAGAAAUUGCCGUUGGAUGUUUUUUUUUUUAAUUCACAUUUCGGUGGCGAUUCUAAUGAGUUUUGAUCGAACGUUUGUCUGUUUGGACAUUGCGAGAGGAUGCAGAUUCGUCACAAACGUGUUGAGACGGUAAACCCGACACCGAAACAUAUAUGAUAAUAACAAUAAUUUUUAAAAAGUCAGACGCGCACUGUAUAUUUUAACCAGGAUUUUGUGUGCGUAUCACGUUACGCGACGCUUUUGUCUUUAUGCAACGAACGGGGUUGAAGUUGUCGUGGCGAAAGUGUGUGUAUGUCGUUCAGACGUGGGGCCAAAGCGUCAGCUAAGCUAAGCUGUGUAUUGUGGGAGAGACAGAAAGAAGCUACCUAUACCGUAGCCGACCGAAGCUCCACACAGCAGCACAGACUCGAGCGGCAGCCACACAAUAUGUGCGGGUUCUCGCGCAGAAACGAGCCACUUAUACUCUUCUUCCAGCUAAACCAUGUAAUGUGAUCAGGGUUAAAAGCGACUCUCCUUUAUCUCACUGAUUCAACAAGAAUCCCUCGAUCGGGGCGAAACAUGUCCAAGCCGGGGGAGAGAAACAAAUUGUGCGAGGACCAUGGCAGAAAGCAGAGUUCAACGCUGGCCAACGGCACGGAGAGUCACCCUGGCUCGGCGGAGAAGCGCAGUCACCACUGGAGAAGUUUCAAGUUGAUCAUCGACCCGGCGCUCAAGAAGGGAUCGCACAAGCUGUUUCGCUACGAUGGACACGCUUUCAACAUGCCCAACCCCGGGAUGCCACCGGUGGACAGCGUCCGAGACCCGAGGAUCGGUCGCCUGUGGACCAAAUACAAAGAAACGGAUCUGCCGGUGCCCAAGUUUAAGAUCGACGAGUAUUACAUUGGCCCCGUGCCGCCAAAGGAGGUGACGUUCGCCCGCUUGAAUGACAACAUCCGCGAGGGCUUCCUGACGGACAUGUGCAAAAAGUUUGGCGACAUCGAGGAGGUGGAGAUCCUGUACAGCCCCAAGAACAAGAAGCACCUGGGCAUCGCCAAAGUGGUCUUCGAGAGCGUCAAAGCCGCAAAGGUGGCCGUGCAGAUGCUGCACAACACGUCCGUGAUGGGAAACAUCAUCCACGUGGAGCUGGACCCCAAAGGUGAGAAUCGCCUUCGGUACUUCCAGCUCCUGAUGAAUGGAAGCUACACGCCGCUGACGGUGCCGGUCGGCGGGGAGGAAGCGAGAGAAGUUUCCCCUCGCAGCCUGGCUGAAGCCUUACUGGCGUGCGAGCCCAUCCGCAGGUUGUCUGAGAGCAGCUUGUCGGCCGUGGCGGAAUCGGUGCCGCCCGGCAGUAGCACCUCUACCACGCCGCUGUCCCUGGAGACCGGCUACUCCAGCCUGAGGCAGGACACCCCCCAGUCCCAGGGGACGCCACGCCAAGCGGGCACCCCUUUCUCCCAAGACUCCAGCUACUCCAGUCGCCAGUCUACACCCGCGUACCAGUCCGGCCGGGCGGAGAGUUCCGGUGGUUACAAGUCGCGGAGACACGAGAGCAAGUUCCAGGAUGCGUACAAUCGCAGACCGGAGAGGCCUCAGUACCGCAGCAACAUGUACCGGAGUACGACGUCUGAGCAAGCGCCCUUUAAGCAGCACCGCCUCACCCCGCCUGAACCCCCACCUACGCCUCCCUCUUUCACCUACACGGCACCUCCCCCCGCUACGCCCAACUUCAAGUCGGGUUUCUCGCCCUACCAAGCUCCCUUGCCUCCCGCGUUUCCCCCGUCGGACGCCACGUUUCACCACCCGUCCCAAAGAGAGGGCGAGUACCAGCGACCCCCUCAGCCACCUCUGGCAGCACCCACUGACUUUUUGCCCUUGAAGGACAGACCGGAAACCCCUCCCAUCCCAGAGCCCCCGCCGGAACCGGGUCCCCAUCCCAGCACACCACCUCCCCUGAUGCCCGAGCACUGCCCGUCGCCCGGCUCGCCCGCCGCCGAUACCGAGCGCAAUAGCCUGGACUCGCGCAUCGAGAUGCUCCUUAAGGAGAAAAGGACUAAACUGCCCUUCCUGGCGGAGCGAGACUCGGACACUGAGGUGCGAAUGGAGGGGAGUCCCAUCUCCUCCUCGUCCUCGCAGCUUUCCCCCAUACCGCCGUACAUGGGCGGCGGCGCGCAAAACUCCCGACCCUGUAGCACAGGCUUGGAGGACAUCAGUCCCACGCCGCUGCCGGACUCGGACUCGGACGACGAGCCCCUCCACGGAACCCCCUCGCUGGUCAAGAGGAUCGGCUCACCCCUCGACCACGAGAGCAACAGCGAAGUCAGAGAGGAACAUCCCCGAGGACACACGGAAACGGUGAAAAUGGAGAUGAGUCAUCAGUCUUCCGGAGAAGACAUGGAGAUCUCUGACGACGAGAUGCCCGGCACGCCAAUCACCGGCGGCGACUGUAGCAAAGGGAUCGUGGUCAACUCUGCCGUGUCCCCCAUCCAGACCCUCGCCCUCCCCCUGCCGGGCUUCUCCCACCUGGCUCACCAGGCGGGCUUCGCCAUGCCCCACCACCACCUCGCCGCCGUGCCGGGGCAUCCGGCUCAUCUCGCCGCCCAUCCUGCCGUGCACCCGCACCUGCUGCCCCACAUGGCUCACUACGCGCCUGGCAUGAUUCCGCUGGUCCAAAUGGAUCUGAUGAACUGUUUGCGUUGGGAACAGUGGAGCACGGUUCCCAUGUCCUUCCAGAUGCAGCAGCAGAUGCUGAGUCGUAUGGCGCAGACGGGGGGGCCUUAUCCUUAUCCUCAUUUCGUAGACAACGCCGCCUCAGCCCCGUUUGCCACACCGUACCAACAUCUAUCCAUGGGUGCCUCGCAUGCCAGCGGUUCGGGGGCGCCGGGACAACAAUGGCAGCAUCCCAGCAUGCCCAAGUUCAACCCAAGUGUUCCUCCACCGGGAUAUGAGACUAAAAAGGAGGACCCCCACAAGGCCACCAUUGAAGGAGUGCUGCAGGUCAUUGUCAAAGAACUGAAGGCCAUCAUGAAGAGGGACCUCAAUCGCAAAAUGGUGGAGGUGGUGGCUUUCAGGGCAUUUGAUGACUGGUGGGAGAAGAAGGAACGCUCGGCAAAGGCAUCCUUGACUCCAAUCAAAGGUGCGGAAGGGAAGGAAGAAGAGCGACCUAAACCUAAAGAGACCAUCGGUUCGAGUCUGCUGGAGAACUGGAACAAGGGCGAGGGGCUGGGCUACGAAGGGAUGGGUCUAGGAAUCGGCCUGCGGGGAGCCAUCCGCUUGCCGUCCUUCAAGGUGAAAAGAAAGGACCCACCUGAGGCCAUCUCUGCGGGGGAGAACAAACGAGCACGACCCGCCACUCCAGUGGAUGAUGAGCUGGAGGAUGAAGACCGCGAUCAAGACCCAGCGGAGCUCCCCUCGGACGACUCCAAAAUGGACGGCGACGGCAUUUCGACCAAGCGGAGACACUCGCGGCCCCUUGACCUGGACAGCGAGGGCGAGGAGGAGGUGGACACUUCGGGGAAAGAGGAGUCGCUGGGUGACCGAGAGGAGGAACCCGACGACACGGCGCCCAUCGACAGGCGGUCGCCGAGCAAAAGCGGUGAUGAGGAAGCGGACAGAGACUCAUCCAGUGAGAGCGGAUCCUCAGACUCCUCCGACGAUGAAUCGGAGACUUCCUCGUCGUCCAAGAGCAGCUCGGACUCGUCGUCGGCCGGCUCCGAGUCCGCUGAGUACGAGUUGAGCUCGGAAGAGGAGGUGUCCGAGGUGGAGGCGGAAGACGAGGAUGCGGGCAAAGCCGCCAAGACCUCCUCGUCCUCUUCGUCGUCUUCAUCUUCGUCCUCUGAUGAAGAGGGAGAGGCUGAUGCCAAGCCGCCAAGUCCUCCUGCAGCAGGCUCCGUCGUGGACACUUCGGAGGAGCUGAGGAGCAAACCUAAACUCAGACCUCCGAGUCCUGAGGACGAGCUAACGGAGGAUGUGAAGUCACCGUCGCCUAAAGUUCUCCCAGAAAACGACUCUUCUGAUUUUGUAGUCAAAGAGGAAGAUGAAAGUCGCACCGUGAAGGCGGAACCUCGGGAGAACCUGCGGCCGGCCACGCCGACGGGCGCUCUGCCUUCCGACAGUGACCAGGAGAGCAAAGCCAAAGGUAAAGCGGAGCCCGAGGGAGCGGCCGUGACGCCGAGCGGAUUUGUCCCGUCCCCCCUCCGUUCCGAGGCCCCCUCGCCCCGAUUCGCCUCUUUAAUGCACCUCCCUCUCCCGCCUCACCCGACAGUAGAAGGUCGCUCCCUCCUCCGCCCGCCCUCGGACCUCCCUCAGCGGGCACGCCUGCCCACGGACGAGGACGUUCCUAGGACGCCCGGCCGAGACCUGAUGGAGCGAGCCCGGAGUCUGGGCAAGUCCCAGAGCACGGACACGGUGCCCAACACCCCAGGUAGUGACGCCCCGCUAACGGGGAGCAGCCUGAUGCUCAGCUCCCCACACAUUCCCGGUAGUCCUUUCUCUUACCCUGCUCAGUCUCCUGUCCUUAGCGCCGGAGUCCCUCGCACUCCGGGGCGGGACUUAACCUUCACUCCUGUCUUCCCUGACCCCUCCGCACUUAAUCGCAAGAUCUCCUCCGAGAGCUUGGACGAUCGUCCUGUGUUUAAGGAGCCGCCCGUCGGCGCCUUACCUAACCCGGCCUCGUCAACAGGUGCGGAGCGUCCGGCCGGCCUGGCCGGAGAUAUCGCCGCCGGCUUCCCGGAGGAGGAUUCCGACGUAUCGGACGGCAUGCCGUCAAAACGCAAACCCGGACGCCCCAAAGGGAAAAAGAUCCCCAUCGUCUCCGAAUCUUCCGAGCCGUCGCCUGAAUCGACUCCUUUGCGAGAUGUCGCCGUGCGGGAAAUUUCCACCGGGUCCCCCGAUGGCCUGAGCCCCGACUUCAGGGCAGAGGAACCUCAGACGGCGAUGCCCGAAGCGGAACACGGCUUCCCGUUCUACGAAGAGGACGCCCCCGUGGCCGUAAAACCCGCGCGGCGGGCGCGGCGAGGCUGGGAGGAGCUUCUGCUGGACAGCCUGUCACCCGUCACCUCGCCGCCUCGCUCCUACUUCUCCAGACGGAGCGACUUUGAGGAGAUGACCAUCUUGUACGACAUCUGGAACGAGGGCAUAGACGAGGAGGACAUCCGGCUCCUGCAGGUCACGUACGACAAGAUGCUGCAGCAGGACAACGGCAACGACUGGCUCAACGACACGCUCUGGGUUAAUCACCCUCAAACCAACAUCCCGCGGGUGAAGAAGAGGAGGCGAGACGACGGCAUGAGGGAUCACAUGACCGGCUGCGCCAGAAGCGAAGGCUACUACAAGAUUGACAAGAAGGACAAGAUCAAGUACCUGCAGAGCACACGGCUGCAGUCGGAGGAGCCGCCCAUUGACACUCAGGGGAUGAGUAUUCCUGCACAAGUCCACGCCUCCACCAGGGCGGGUUCGGAGCGGCGGUCCGAGCAGCGGCGCUUGUUGUCGUCGUUUGCGUGCGACAGCGACCUGUUGAAGUUCAACCAGCUCAAGUUCCGUAAGAAAAAGAUCCGAUUCUGCAAGUCGCACAUCCACGACUGGGGUCUGUUCGCUUUGGAGCCCAUCGCUGCUGACGAGAUGGUCAUCGAGUACGUGGGACAAAACAUCAGACAGGUGAUCGCGGACAUGCGUGAGAAGCGCUACGAGGAGGAGGGCAUCGGUAGCAGUUACAUGUUCCGCGUGGACCACGACACCAUCAUUGACGCCACAAAGUGCGGAAACUUUGCGCGCUUCAUCAACCACAGCUGCAACCCUAACUGUUACGCCAAGGUGAUCACGGUUGAGUCGCAGAAGAAGAUCGUCAUCUACUCCCGGCAGCCCAUCAACGUCAACGAGGAGAUCACGUACGACUACAAGUUCCCCAUCGAGGACGAGAAGAUCCCCUGCUUGUGCGGGGCCGAGAACUGCCGGGGGACGCUCAACUGAGGAAAACCACCAACGUUGAUUGUUUACGAUUUAUGGUGCUGUUCCAUCCAUGUGACUUUUCCGCUUUCGGUCUCCCACGCGCCCCCCGCGAGUCUUCCUCCUUGCAACUCGGCUUCUUCUUGCUUGCAAAAAUCCACCAUGGGCAAAAUUAAUGACGCUGCUCGCCAAAAAGUUCAGAAUGACCUCUGCCAAGGCAUAGGACACGAAUUAACACUUUUGUCUUUGGGAUGAUACGGAUUACAAAGAACCAAAUUCAACCCGAGUUAUGAUAGUAACAAACACAUGGGGCUACUUUCAAAAGGACAGCCACAUUUUGUGUCACAUUAGUUUAUGCAACGACAAAAGAUGACAAGACUCUUGGCAUAAUAAUGGUUUAUGUGAGAGGGAAUUGUCCUCUUCAACAGUAUUUGUUUGGAUCUGGGGCGGGGAACCAACAGCCCACAAGAGCAUUAAUAAUUCUAAAAAGAAGUAAAAUCACAGAGAAACGGUUGUAAAAGCCCCCACACCCCCAUUUGCGCAUAACAUAUAAUCUUUUUAUUUUCAUGGAUUUUUAUUUAGGACUUUCAGUGAUCACUGCGCGAAACUAAAGAAUCAUGCAGAAAAAAACUUAAAGGCUCAACUUUAAGCUUUUGUACAUUUAUUAAUUAAUUUGACUCAUUUGAGGUAUCGGCAAGCUUCGCAUCACGUUAUUCUGUCAGUGUUCAAAUGGUUCCUAAAAUAGCAAAAAAACAAAAAUGUUGAAUGCACUUCCGCUUUGCCAGGAAUACGACGUCUCAUUGGCUCGGUGUCACAAUACUGGAGACUUGUUUUCUGUUAAUGUUGUAAACUUGUACAAAACAAAAUCUGCAACCUUUUUUAUACGUCAUCACGGGGUCUCAAUUUUAAGAUGUUUUCUAGGGAAAAAAAAGACUGAAUAUUAAAAAAAAAAAAAAAGUAUUAUCAGGGAUCUUUAAAAGGAAUGACAAGCUGUUUAUUUAAAAAGAAACGAAGGUCCACUGUGUACAGGAAGUCACCUUCCAUCUCCCCUUUUUGGAAAGAUUGUUUCUUGUGGAAACGUCUUCAUUCCUCUCGUUCGUCUCAAACGUGUAGAUAAGCUAACUGUGAAUAUUAUUAUAUAAAUAUAUAUUUUUUUGUUCCCCGAGGAUUUGCUACACCUUCAGAGCUCCAAGAGCUGUGUAACAUAUGAUGCGAGCGGUGAGCUUGUAGCACCACAUUUCAGCUUGUGUCAAGCUUUGGGUUUCUUUUCUUUUUAUUCAUUUUUUUGGGUUGUAAAUUCUAUUAGAAGUUGUUUUGUGGUGUGGAGAAAGACAGGAAGAAAAAAAAGUGCUGAAUCAGCGUAGGAUGAGGACUGAACAAUCAGCCUCCUCCUAAUGUCUAUUUAUUACAUGACAAAUGUAUGAACAUGUUUGAAAAAAAAUGGAAAUAAAGCAAUUUUGCAUACAUCCAUAAACAGUGCUUGU